AUGGGUUUCUACUUGGCGGCACUGCUGUUGGCGGCUCGCUGUUUAGCACUGUGCGAGGCGGUGAGGGCCUCUGUGAAUGAAGUUACUGGGAAGACGUUGAUCCCUGGACACCUGUUUACCUUUGAGAAGGCUGUGCCUGGUGAUGUUAUCAACUACAUCAUAGACGCGGGGAGUCUUGAGUCUAACAGAGGAUAUGAAAUUAGGACCUCCAUGCCAGGCCAGGCUCCUAUGAGUACCCUAUUCGUGCUCUCGGCUACUGAGGGGCGGGACCCCGUAAUAGAAGUUGACGAUUUUAAGAUAGUUUUCAAGACUGACGGCAACGGUGCAAUCAUUGGAGCUGGGGAGCCGGAUCCGAUCCUGCGGUGA